GCUAGAGCUCUUGGACUAAGAGCGCGGGCGAGCGCUCGAUUGCGGGUGCGGCCAACGGCGGCAGUCCACAUGCGGCGUCAUCCGCGUGGUCUCGGCCUGGAGCCGUUAUCGACCUUCUUCUUAUCUCAACAAGAGCUACUCGUCUGAUAAACAACAAGCAAAAGCGUGCGCCCGCGCCGUUUUGCCUCAUUCCGUCCUACUUGCUGCGUCGCGUUUAGUUCGUUCGCCUAGAUUCGUUCGCCGGUAUCGUUCAGUUGCUCGCCCGUCGCCGCCGCGAUAAUACGACACUGCCGUGUUCUUACGCACUAUGAACCAGCAAGCCAACAACACAUAAACCUUCCAAAAUGAAGCCCAAUCGGUUAUAACGUUCCGUUUACAAACCCAACUAAUUUUUAGAUCGAAUAUAUUAUAUUGUGAUAUUUAGCUAUAUUUUAGUAUAUAUCGUUAUUAUUUAUAACUAAUAAGAUGGAUUUGAAUUAUUAAAAUAUUCUUAAUUUUCUUCAAUUAAUCCGUGCUCAAGAAAAUCUCAUUCCAAAACUCCAAGUAAUAAAAUUUGAUUCGAUUAUUUUAAAUAAAUACUAUUUGCAAUGACAGCCAAAACUCGUUCACAUUGGAAGGAAUAUGGAACAGCGCUUUGUGCAACACUCAUCACCGCAACAGCGGGUACCUGCUAUGGCUGGCCCUCCCCGACACUCCCCUACCUACAAUCAGACGACAGCAGUAUACCAACGACAAGUGAUCAGGGAUCAUGGAUAGUCUCCAUCAUGAUUCUGUGCUCCGCCAUAACCCCAGUCCCUUCAGCCUACCUCGCCGAUAAAUUCGGAAGGAAAACUACGCUUCUCAUCGGAGCCCUGCCUUUCAUCCUCGGCUGGGUGCUCAUCAUCGUGGCAAAGUCUGUGGAAGUUCUGUACGUGGCUAGGAUGUUCUCGGGUCUCGGUUACGGCAUCGUCUACACUGUGGCUCCCAUGUACACCGGAGAGAUUGCCACGAACGAAGUCCGCGGCGCGCUCUCUACCCUCAUCACUCUAAUGAAUAAAAUCGGUAUUCUUGCCCAGUACUGCAUCGGUCCCUUCGUAUCGAUGCGAAUCUUAGCCGCUAUCAACUUGAUCCUGCCAAUCACCUUUAUCAUCACCUUUUUAUUCUUGCCUGAGUCUCCAUAUUAUUAUCUUAAGUUUGAACGCAGCGAAAGGGCCGAACGGUCCCUUAGAUGGCUGCGCAGUGGUGAUAUAAGAACAGAAUUAAAAAAUAUAGAAAUUAACGUCCAAGAAGACAUGAAGAACAAAGGUAGCUGGGGUGACCUCUUCACUGAAGCAACUAAUAGAAAAGCUAUGUGGAUUUGUAUUGGAAUAUUCACUAUUCAACAGCUGUGUGGAAGUGCGGCUAUAGUUGCUUACGCAGAAGUUAUUUUUAAUUGUGCGAAGAAAGGUUCAAACAAAAGUUCAAACGUAAACGGCACAAGCGGUGAAGGACUCUCUAUCGAGCCUUACCAAGAAUCAAUUAUAUUGGGGUGUGUGCAAGUAACGACUUGUUUGCUAUCAGUGCUGCUGGUGGACCGAGUUGGCAGAAAACCUCUGUUACUACUCUCCGCGGUCGGCGUUGGAUUGAUGAACGGGACCCUCGGCACAUACUUCUUCUUUGACAUUACGAAAGAAGGAUCUGUGGACUUCCUGAGCUGGCUGCCACUGGCGUCCCUGCUGGUGUACAUCGUGUGCUAUGCCAUAGGGUUGUCGACGGUGCCAUACGUAAUAAUUGGCGAGAUGUUCCCGACCAACGUCAAGCUGUACGCUUCUUGUAUUGCUCAUAUAUACACCGGAAUUGCUAUGUUUAGUGUGCAGAAACUAUUCCAGGUAGUCAAAGACGCCUACGAAAUUUACACAGUAUUCUGGGGCUUCUCAGCGUUCUCCAUCAUGGGCCUUGUGUACAUGCUUGUCGUUCUUCCCGAGACCAAGGGCAAAUCCUUCGCCUCCAUCCAAGCACAUCUGAAGCGCGAAGUCGCCAGAGACAACGCCAAGAAAAUCGCCACCGUCGAACACUGAGCGGUGUCCCCAUCUCAUUCUUAAUUCUAAGCUAAACUUUAAGGGAUCAAGUUGAAUUGAAACUUAAGGAUAUUACUUAACGUAUAAUUUAGACAGUUUAUAUACAAAAGUAUUGUAUGUACACAUUGUACACGACGGUCAAUGAAGUAGUCUGUACAUAAGGAAGGGAAGCAGGCUGGGCGCAAGGACAGGAGCUGACGAAAAGGCGGAAAAGUCGCGAGGGUUAUAGUCUUUAGGAAGACGUCUGGACGCGAUGACGUCGGAGUACAGCUUGGCUGAUCGCUUGGGCGUCCGGGUCUUGUUGGGGCUUUUGAAAUCAACCAGAUACAGACCAAAGCGGGACCUGUAAAUGCAUUUACACACGUGACGAGUGAAAUUAUAUCAAGUUUGACUGA